UAAAUUCUUUGUUAUUGCAUUCACUUGUGCCACCGAAGAUCGACUCUAGGCUGUCCGAAAAUAAUAUGUGGGCGGCUGUUAUCACUCGACAGUGGAAGUCUGACGCCAGAACAGCUGCUAGUCAAGCGAGAACAAAAGGCGAGCUGCAACAAUAGCCCAGAUCCAGAUAAUCAGCAGUGGAAGAUCACCCAGUGAGCCCCAUUCAGAAGUCAGCAGAGCGAACAAUGAACUAGCCCCCAUACUCCGAUCACAGAACCGAAGAACGUUGGACUCCCUAGGAGCAGCAGGUGUCCCACAAUGGGUGACCAGCAGGAGCAUAAUCUGAGCGAACUCCUGGACCUACUGCCCAAGGUUCAGCGGCAGGUCUUCGAGACCUUUAUCCAGUGGCUCCAUGGCAAGGCCACAGGACCCAUUCAAUCCCACCAGAAUGCCCUGCAAUCCCUGCUCCAGGCAUCCCCCUAUCCCUCCCUGCAGCUGCUGCAGUUACUCCACGAGCGCUCCAAGCUGCACAUUGGCCAAAUGAUUGCCACCUUGCUGCGACAGCUGUUAGACGACGAUGUCUCAUCGCCGCGUUCCCUUUGUGUGCUGGCCAACUUUCCCGCGAGCAUUUUGGAGGCGGCCACGCUGCGGCAGAAACUGAUGACUCGACUGGCGGGUGAUUCAGUCACCAGCGAGCACUUAAUGCUGGCCAUCCUGGCGCGCAGCGAGGGACAGCUCCUGGAGGAUCUGCUGCAGGAACAGCAGCUGGCCCUGCGGACGCAGUGCAGCGAGGCGGCGCCCACCAGGCAGUUGGUCUUGUGGUUGGCCCUCGGCCAGCGGGAGCACUUUGUGGCCAGUGUGUGCCAUCAGCUGAAGGACUUUCAGUGCUUCCAGGAUCCCGCACUGAGGAACAACUUGCUAAUCCUUCGCCUGGCCAAUGAGUUUGCUCUAGGCACCCAGACAUUGGAUGAGCUAGGCUGCCUGGACAAAUACCUAGGCGAAUUUGAUGUUGGCGCUGUGCCGGAGGAGUUGCAGGAAGUUCAUCAGUUCUUCUACGCGGACUUUCAGCGGCUGUCCACUCUUCUCAACUUCUUGCGACCGCGGGAGGUGACCAAAACGCUUAAAGUGGAAGCUCUUUUGCGAUCGCCCGGUGUGCUUUCCCUAAUCCACGAGAAUGGAAUCCAAUGCGAGCACCACGAAUUGCUGCUCCUGCUCGAGGACACCUUCAAAUGGCAGCAGCAGACCCCGGCGCUGAAGUGCCAUUACCAGCAGGAGGUAGAGAUUCUGAGCUACUACACUGCCCUUUGCCAUGUGUACAACGUUGUCCUGGAUCAGGGCGAACAGACGACCAAGGCCAAGCUGGUGCAGCUUUCCGGCCAGUUGAGGCAACUGCAUCAGUUGGGCACCUUGUGCUCCCUGUUGGAAGACAUCUUCCUGCUCGUUUUCCUUCGCUGGGAGCAGCUGGAGCAGAGCCCGCAAAAGAGGAGGGAAGAGGACGAGGACGACGAGGAUGAUGACGACGAGCAGUACGUCGACGAUGACGUUGCCUCGCCACCGCGUCCAGCUGCAGUUCACAACCAGCGCACUCGGUACGGAUUCAUCUGCCGCUCGCCCUCGCUGCAGGCACUCUUCACCUUUCUGAAGGCCUUCGUCACCAAGAAGCUGCACUCGCAGGACUACAAGUGCGCCACGGAGCACCAGCAGAGGUUCCAGCGCCUGGUGGAUGCCAUUAGCGAGGCCCUGUGGAAGCUGGGUGUGCUGCACAAGAUAGAACAGUCGCUGACCAAGUCGGCGCCGUCGAUCAACUGCCUCCUGGAGCCGGAACAGCUGCUCCAGCUGGUCCAACUGCAUAGCACGGCCAAGGAGAAGGCCUCCAGCGACGACGAGAGUCGCGAGCGCAGCAACCACGCCUCCAGUCUCAACCGGAGAAAGGCCCGCAAGCAGCGACGCGCGGUUAGUUUCAGUGGAGCAGUGGCUCCCAAAUCCACCACCGAUGGAGGACUCACUCUGGACCAGUACCGGGCAAGGGUGCAUCUGCUCAGUGGCCGUGACAGCAGACAGAGUUCUUGCGCCACUGCUUCAUGUGAGCGCUCUAUAAUCCCCAAGAUGCUCAGCACGCCGGAGCAACUGGCCAUCAUGGCACUGGCCCUUAAGAACUUCAACGAUGUCAAGCAGAUCAUCGAGACUUUCCACCUGGAGAAGAGUCAGCUAAACCGUGAGCUGCAGUUCAUGGAGCAGCAGCAACUGGUCAAGCUAAAACUAUCCACUAUUUACGCCAACUAUCGGGCGUUAGAGGCGCAGCAGGCCAACUCUGGGGAGACCACGGUGGAGCAGAUUAAAGGCGUGGCGGCCAAGGGCUUUGAGCUGUCCAAGAUCAUCAGCGUGGUGGACAACUUUGCACAGGCCCAACGUCUGCAGCAAAGCUCAGAGCUGAAGGGACUCAUCCUGCGGCACAGUGCCAACGGCCAACAGGGAUUCCUGCAGCAGUUCGAGGAGCGCAAUCUAAACGCCCUAAUUAUAUGCGACCUGAUUGUGAACCUGGGCUUCAACCGGGAGAUAACCAGCAAUCUGUUACUGGUCAUUCGGCGCCAGCAACAGCAGAAGAUGGCCAGCGAUGAGUCGUCAUCCUCGCCGGGCUCCUCCGACAUUGGCGCCAUGAAUCUCCUGCAGAAUCUCUGCGAGUGCAUGCGUCUGCUGGAGCGAUCUGGCCUGCAGCCGGCCCUGAACGAGCUUCUCUCCCUGAAGAGCUAUCCACUCAGACCGUCGGUCCUGGCUUUGCAGCUCCAGCGGGAGGCCGCAUUUCAAACGAUCUAUGGAAAGGAACCUUCCCAGUACUCGCAUGGGCAGGAGCUCCGUUCUAACGCCGGGCAAUUUCAGCAGCUGCGCUCGCGGCACAACUACUAUGCCCGUUUCUGCACCUAUGUGCAACAGCUGGCGCGGCUCCUGCAGCUUAGAGACCCCAACCUGGAGUACCACACCACCCAGCUGCUUCGCAACGAUCCGUACGAAGUCAUCGGGGAGCUGAUCUACGAUUGCGGCAUUACACCGCUGGAGAUCGAGGCGAGUGUGGCGGCUCUCCACCUUAAUCUCGUCCAUGUGAUUGCUCUCAACAUCUGCCCCCAGUUGGGCGAAGAGCCCUCAAAGAGAUUGCCCCGCGUGGUGGCUCCUCAGAAGCAGGAAUCUAUACACAACUACAUAGCGCAACACAACCAGCUUCUGGCUCAAAUACUGCAAGCCAUUCAGCUCGGAAACCUGCCGGAUGGCGAGACGAGAUUGGACUUCUCUUGUCUGGGCCAGCUGGUGCACCUGCCGGAGGUGGAGGUUCUGGCCUCAAUGCACAACGGGAAUAGGGUCUUGGCUGCCUUGAACGCCUACAAGCUGGACAGUGCCAGCCUGGAGCAGUUGGUGCCGGAUCGGGAGCAACUGCUGCAGAUCCUUCUUCUUGGAAUUGGUGGUCAAUCAUAUUCUCCAAAGCAACUAAACUCGCUGGUUGACCAACUGAUUGGGGAUCUUAUUGAGAAGGAUCCGCGUAACAUCCAGCUUGUGGUGCACAUGAGCAAUCUCGGACUGCGUGCUCGCCUGCUGAAGGAGCACUUCACCCGCAUUCCCAGCAGUCAGCAGGCCAAGGAGCUGAUUGAACGCACUCUGCAGCACCGCCGUGCAGCCAAGUCGAUCCCGCCGUUCCUGCGCUCCGAACUGGAGCAUACGCUGUCGGACAUAACCAUAUACGCACGGGUGUCGGCUCUGCUCCAGUUCGAGAGCUGGCCGCAGGCCUACGACUUCGGCCGCCAGACCCCGAACGUGAUCUUCGAGCAGCUGCUGCAACGGCGGCGAUUCGGCUUGUGCCUGGAGUGGAGCCGUGUGGUCUUCCUGACGGGAUCAGCGGGUCAGCAGCGGGUGUGCCUGCUCACCCUACUGGAUGCCCUUCUGGAGCUGCGGGAUGGCGAGGAGCUGGACGAGUCCCUGCUGGGCAUUGUGGAGAUGUUUCCACCCAUCUCGCUGGUUAAUUUCCUGGACACGCACAAGGACAAGUUCAGGUCGCUGCCGCUGCUGCAGUGGGUUAUCAAUUACCUGGAGGGUCACGCCCGCGAUCCGCGUCUGUACAGGAACUAUCAACUCUCGCUGGAGCUGCUGCGGCAAAUGGAUGUCAAUGAGCGGUCACAGUUCUGGAAACUCCUCCGGCAUCCACUGCUGAUCGUAGAGCAGCUGGUGAUGAACGCCCGCUUCGAGUUGCUGGGAAAGCUGCUGGAUGCGGCUCGCUGCAAGUUGCAAAAGGAAAAGCCCGUGGGCCCUUGUCCCUACUGCUUCGAAAAAACAGGACAUGUCUACGAUGUGCAGUCCAGUUCAGGUUCGGGCAGUGGAGCAGGCGGAACGCCUGGCAAAGUGCGCUUUCAACUGGGGCAAACCACAUCGGAAGCUUUUAUUCUGCUCAACUUCAACUCCUACCAGCAGGAUCACUUUGUGGGCCAGGAGUGCUUGGACCUGCUAAUGCGAAUUUAUGCCAGCAAGGCUCUGGACUACCACGUGGCCAAUGUGCGGGCUGCCUCCGAGCCGAGCUCCCUGGGCACCGAUGUGCAGAAUUCACUGGACUCCCUCUGCGGCGCCUUCGUGAUGCCGAAGCAGGCACCCAACCGGCAGCAGUGGACGCGCGACGAGGAGGCCAGUCACUGCAUGUGCUGCCGGCGGGCUGCCUUCACCAUGCUGAUGCGACGCCACCAUUGCCGCCGAUGUGGGCGGGUGGUGUGCUAUGCCUGCUCCACCCAUCGGCUAAAAAUCCCGGAGCUUUACGACGAGCUGGAGGUGCGCAUCUGCAACGAUUGUGCCGCCAGCUUGGCCACCAGGGACCAAGGAGAUGGGGCUUCAAGCGAGCGGGGUGCUGUCUCAACCUCGGGAUCAAGGUCUUCGGGACAGGGCGAGUCCUGCAAGUGGCGCCUGAGCGGUAUCAUAACCCACGACAAGCUGCUGCGCGAGGAGUUCUCCUAUGAGCACGCCCCCAGUGUGGCGCUCAGCUUGUCCAUCCUACGUAACCAUGUGGAGCAGCGGAGCUGCGUGGACCUGCUGCUUUUCCACUGCCGCAAACUGGAGAAGCUGAUUGUGCCCAAUCCAGAGGUGGACUACGGACUGGUGGCCAAGAUGAUUAACUGUCUAGCCUUUGCCGCAAAGGUGCGUGGUGCCCCGGGAGAGUUUGAAAACAUUCGCGAACACUCUGAGAUCAUCAUGGCGGUGGUGCAGCAGGGCUGCGAGUCGCUAAUCCCAACUGGACCACUCAACAACCACAAUCUGCGCAAGUUGGCGGAUGCUUUGGUGGAGGCGGAGCAUUGGACGCUGGCCCUGGAAGUGCAUCUGAAGUGUGGAUUUGCCACCACGGGAGUGAUGGCGGCCCACGGACUGGCCUGCCUCCGUGCCGGCUGCUACGAUGCAGCCCGCGAGAAGUUUGCCCACUGCAUGACUCGCCUUUCCAGUGAGCAGCUCAAUAGCAGCAUCUGCAAGAGCAUGUUCGGAAUCGCCUCCCCGGAGGCUGUGCUCCUGCCCAGGAAGCGGCCACAGCGCGGCCCAGCACUACUCCAGGAAAUCCUGCAGCUGAUAGAGGCGCUGCCGCAGGCACAGCCUCAGCCGGAGACUCUUCACCGCGCCUCGCUCAUUCGCAGCUCGAACACCUCGCUGGCCUCGCUUUUCUCGCGGCGUCGAGAGCCCUACGUCCAGCAACGUCCACUUCGAGAGCCGGCUCUGAACGUGAUGAACGCACUCGCGGGGCUCAAGAACAUAGCCAAGGGUCACUAUGGCGGCCAGAUUGCUGCCAGCGAGGAGAGUAGGCGGCAGGAACGCGGCUUCGAGGAGUCGCUGCACUAUGUGCUCACCUACGGCAGCCAUGGCGACAUCCUGACCUUCCUGAUGCGACGUGACGAGUUGCGGGCAGCACUCCGCUACUGGCAGCAUCAGCAAUUGGACGCCGAUCUCUUCAUCCAGCACAUCUUCCAGCCCCAACUGGCCAACGGCGGUCUGCCCGCUUUGGUGGGUGAACUGCAAAAGCUGGACGACGCUCAACUGUGUGCCUGGCGCCUGCCGCUGCUGCAGACUUGCCGCCACUUGGAGCAGCACCAGCAGCUCAGCUCUCUGUAUCAGCUGCAGCUCCUGCUAAAGGAUCCCAUCCGGGCCAGCAUGACGUGCGUCAAGUUCUAUCCCCUGCAGUGCGAGAACUUCCAGAAGCUGCAGGCCAAUGCCCAGCACCUGAUCUCGGCCCACAUGCACCUGCAGGGGGAGCUGGAUCUGGCCGAGUGGGAGCACCUGCAGCGGCAGCAAGCUCGAAGGGGCAGUGUGGCCAGUGGAGCCAGUGUGCGAGGUGCCUGCUUUGCCAUGCAGAUGGAUGCCAGGGCCCUCAAUGGGCACAUCAACACCAUCCGGCGGCAGUUGGAGGUGGCCAAGUUCUUGGCCCAAUGCGAACAAGAACAGACCCCGAAUAAGGCCCUUAAAACUAUACAAACUUUGAAGCAGAUUCGACUGGAGUCUAGUCGUGGUACUCUGCCAACUCUUUUUGAAGGCGCCACAGAUCGCAUUCAGCUGUGCAUCCUGAUACUCAUGUGCGGCAAGAACAUCGAUGAAGGAUUCGGCCUGGCGUACGGAAUUAUGCAGGACUAUAAGCUCCCUGCAGUGAAGGUGUUUGGGGCCACGGCCAAGUACCUGGCCCGGAAUCAGCGCCUGGGCGAAGUGGAGCGCUUGCUGGACUGCAUUGCCAGCAACAAUGGCGGUGGCAUUGUGGCUGAGUCCGACGAGAUCCUCUCGAUCGCCAUCAACGCAGCGGUGCACAGCAGCGCUCCGGAGACCAAGCAGAUGCUGGACCGGCUUAUCAAGCGCAUCAGCAGCGUGGAGCUGCGGAUUUCCUCCUACAUCUACAUCGGGCAGCUCAAGUCCGCCUAUCUGCUGGCCAACAAGCAUGAGCGACUGGCGGACAUCCGGAAAAUCCUGCGGCAGGCGGAGCUUACCGGCCAGGUUCACAUCAAGAAGCUGUGCGAGAUGAAGCUCCAGCUUAGCGCACCGCCAACGCCUCUGUGAUAUCGUAACCCCUCGGGCAACAACAAUUCAUUAAUAUACCUAUUGUUUAGAGGUUUCACUAGCUAUGGGAAAUACUAAAAUUAUUUAUAUUUUAAAUUUUGUAUCUCCCAGGAAUCCCAAUCCAUUCGCCAAAAAGAUACCAUAUCUAAACAUAGUCAAGCUCAAUUAAUUGGGAAAUCAAUUUUCUUUUGAGAUACAAAAUUAGAAAUGAUCAUCUUAGUAGUUCUGACUAGUGAUAGCCCUAACAAUUUGUCAUCUGGGCUAGUAUAGGGAAUUUUUAUAGAAUUUAACAUUUACAUAGAUCAAUUUUAAUCUUUCCAAAGGGCCAGCAAGUAUUUCACCCUUGAGCUCAAAAAGACUUUCCCCACAAGUAACCAAAUUAUAUUAUUGAUUGUACUGUAUUAUCUCAAUGUUAUUUUAUAGGAAUUAUACUGUUAUAUGUUUAUUCAAAUUUA